AUGGCAGAGAUUCUGGCUUCUUUAAGGUCUUUAAUGGCGUCUCAUUCUCCUCCUCUGGAUGCCUUAGUUGUUCCAUCUGAAGAUUAUCAUCAGAGUGAGUAUGUGUCUGAUCGUGACAAGCGACGCGGAUUCGUUUCUGGCUUUACAGGAAGCGCCGGUCUGGCUCUCGUUACAAAGAAUGAUGCCCGGCUGUGGACGGAUGGCCGGUAUUUCUUACAGGCAACACAGGAACUUAGUGAUGAAUGGAAGUUAAUGCGUAUGGGAGAGGAUCCUGCUGUUGAUGCAUGGAUGGCUGAUAAUCUACCUGCGGAGGCGGCUAUUGGGAUUGAUCCAUGGUGUGUAUCUGUGGAAACUGCGCAAAGAUGGCAGCUUGCUUUUGCGAAAAAACAACAGAAACUAGUUCAGACCGAAACCAAUUUGGUUGAUGAAGUCUGGAAAAGUCGUCCUCCAGCGGAAAUAAAUCCAGUUAUGGUUCAUCCAUUGGAGUUUACUGGACGUUCUGUUGCACAGAAGUUGAAGGAUUUGAGAGAAAAGCUUAAAAAUGAGAGAGCUCGUGGCAUAAUUAUCACAACACUUGAUGAGGCGAGUUUAUAUCAUUCUUGCCCAAAUAAUUUGCUUGUUCAGACACAUUGA